AUGACAUGCCCAUAUGAACGCUAUUACUCUCAUCAAGCUGGGUCAGGUAUAGGAGUGGUAUACAAAGGAGCAUCAUAUCAAAAGGGACAUGGAAUCGGAAGUUUCCUUGGGGGUUUAUUUAGUCAUUCCUGUGAAUGCAUUAAGUCUGAAUUAGAUUUGUUUGCAUUACCAUCUACACAAACUAGCAUUGAAAGUGGGAUUUGGAUUCAUUAUAAGCCAAUUUCGUCACUAGCGGACGAUGGUCCAAUAGAAUUUCAAGUUCCCGGAGCAGGCGAUGACUACAUAGAUCUUUCUCAUACGUUAAUUCACUUAAAAGCUAAAAUAUUGAAUCAAGAUAACACUAAACUAGUGACGUCUACAGUUGUUGCUCCUGUGAAUAAUUGGUUACACUCACUCUUCAGUCAACUUGAUGUAUACUUGAAUCAAAAACUUGUGUCGCCACCCAAUAACACCUAUGCUUAUCGCGCUUAUAUAGAAAACUUGUUGAAUUAUGCUCCUGCGGCUAAAAACUCUCACCUCACCUGUGGUUUAUGGUACGAAGAUACAGCUGGCAACAUGGAUUCCACGACUGAUGGUAAUAAAGGAUUUAUCAAAAGACAAGAGUUAGCCGGUGAAAGUAAAGAAAUUGAAAUGAUUGGUCAUUUACAUGGUGAUUUAUUCAAUCAAGAAAAAUUUUUGAUUAACGGUGUUGAUAUGUGUGUUAAGUUAGUUCGUUCUAGAGAAAAUUUCAAUCUUAUGGCCUCUUCAGUUGACCUUAAAUUGAAGGUAUACAUUUUCUUAAUGAAGGUAAUGGAAUAUCUCGAGAACAAUAUGCCAAAGGGUAUUGUAUGUUAG